AUGGAUGCCCCGAAGCAGGUGGUCAACUUCGGGCUGGGCGCCAAGCUGCUGCAAUGAGUGCUGUUGGAGAUACAAAAGAAAUUAUUGGACUUCAAAGGAGUUGAGAUUAGUGUUCUUGAAAUGAGCCACAGGUCGUCAGAUUUUGCUAAAAUUAUCAACACCACAGAGAAUUUUGUGGAAGAAUCAUUAGCUGUUCCAGACAACUACAAGGUGAUUUUUGUGCAAGGAGGUAGGUCUGGCCCGUUCAGUGCUGUCCCCUUAAACUUGAAUGGCCUGAAAGCCGGAAGAUGUGCUGACUAUGUGGUGACAGGAGCUUGGUCAGCUAAGGCCGCAGAAGAAGCCAGGAAGUUUGGGACUGUAAAUGUCGUCCACCCCGAACUUGGGAGCUAUACAAGAAUUCCAGAUCCAAGCACCUGGAACCUCAACCCGGACAUCUCUUAUGUAUAUUACAGCACAAACGAGACUGUGCAUGGAGUGGAAUUUGAUUUUAUACCCGAUGUCAAAGGAGUAGUGUUGAUUUGUGACAUGUCCUCAAACUUCCUAUCCAAGCUAGUCGAUGUUCCCACAUCUUUCUCCCACAUGAUCACAGGCUUCCACGACACUGGUGCCACUGGUGCUACCAUCAGACAGGAGGGAAAAGCACUCUCCACCAUGUUGUAG